UUUGAGCAGCCGUCGCGAAUGGACGUGUGCGGAAAACCUUCGGCGUCGUCGUUGUCGCAGAGUUGAACACUUGAAAGGGAUUAUUUCGGUUGGUUCUGGUGAAAGUUGGACGUUUGUUGGGCUUCUCGAGUGGGACGUCGUUAGAACUUUCGCUUUUCCCACAGUGGAGGUUUGUUCUUGUGGGGGUGGUCAAGGAGAAGGUCGCCUUGGCUAGGAGAUGUUCCGACUCGGCACGAGCUAGAUUGCAGCAGUAUCGUCAUGCAAACUUCGAUAAAGUGGUCGAAGAGGUGCUGCUGACAAGCUAAAAAUAAGCACACAAAAAAGGUCGUUGAAGCUGAAAUAUCGGAAGGUAUACACAACGAGAGAUGACAAAAGAUUUUUGAUGCUGAGGAAUUUGGGUUGUGAGCAGCCAAAAUGAUCCUAUGAGACAUUGAAAAUCGGAUUUUCAAAGUUACGGAAUCAGGCCGACAUCAUGUACGGAAUGUUACUGGAGAGUGUUCAGCACUUUGUGCAGCUCGAGUACGGUGAGCAUGUCUGGAAACAGGCGCUAUUUACCGCCGGCUGUAAGCUGACCGUUUUCAACACGUACCAGCAAUAUCCGGACAGUCUGAUCCCGGAUCUGGCGGCCGCCUUAUCCGCCAUCACGGGCAGAAGCAUCGACGACUUUAUGGUCUUCUUUGGGCGCUGUUUCGUGCGGUUCUUCAGUAACUUUGGCUACGAUGAGCUGAUCAAGUCCACGGGUCGAUACUUUUGCGACUUUCUGCACUCCGUCGACAACAUCCAUCUGCAGAUGCGCUUCACGUACCGCAAGAUGAAGAGUCCCUCGAUGCAGCUGAUCGAGGUGGAUGAAAAGGGGGCGGUGCUCGUGUACCGAUCGACGCGAUCCGGCUUUUCAAAGUAUUUACGCGGUCAACUGAUGGAGAUCGCGAAGCAGCUCUACAACAUGGACAUCACGAUCAAGGUGUUGGAGAGUCAGAACGAUAUUCCGGGAGGGACCACCGGACCGAUAUCCAUUCAGGGUGGGUUGAAAACGGUCAUCGUGAAGUAUCGGUUGGAUUUCGAUAAUCGGGAGUAUAUGGAGAAACGUGUCCAUAUAAAGGCUCAUCCAUCACAACUCACACUGCCAUCGGUUAGCAGUAGUCUGCUGCUGGAACUGUUUCCCUUCGCACUGAUAUUGAACGAAAAGAUGUGCAUUACAGCUGCCGGCGAGAAGCUUAUCGAGUCAUGGAUGCUGAACAAUGUGACUAAAUCGCCGAAUGAGCUUAUGGGGGCAAAGGUUACGGAUCAUUUCAAGUUGCGUCGACCCACGGGAAUAACGUUUACGUGGGAUAAUAUGAAGCGUCUCCAAACGGUCAACUUUGAGAUACAGCUGUUGAAGGGUCAGACUGUUCUAGAAGCGGAGGAAGCUUCCGCUUUGAUGGAUAAUAAAUCUGCUGUUCCGGAACUGGACGAUCCGUCGAAACUGAUGUCCGUUGCUAGGCGAGGUUCUCAUGGACUUAAAAACAUUCUGCUGAAGGGAGAAAUGCGUUACAUCAAAGAUAUUAACUCACUAGUGUUCCUUUGUAGUCCACUCAUCAACAACUUGGAAGAGCUACGUGAGGUAGGACUAUAUUUGAACGAUCUCAACACCCAUGGACUAAGUAGAGAGAUGGUGUUCUCUGGAUUUUCGCACAACUCCCGGCUGGAUCUGAUGUGUGAGCGUGAGGAAAAGCGAGCUGAAGAGCUGGAAACGUCGUUAGCCUUGGCCGACUCCUGGAAGCGGCAGGGUGAUGAGUUGUUGUACAGUAUGAUCCCUAGGUCGAUAGCUGAAAGGCUGCGAGAAGGGCAGAAUCCACUCGAGACAUGCCAGACAUUCGAGGAAGUGACUGUUCUGUUUGCAGAAAUUCAGGAAUCGCUUAUGUCCGAUGACUCCAUAAAAUACGCCAUGACGACUGUAACCACGUUGAACGCGGCUUUUAGCGCGUUCGACUCUUUGGUACAGACGCCUAUGGCCUAUAAAGUGGAGACUGUUGGCAAGGUAUACAUGGCGGUGAGCGGGGCUCCUGACCCUAAUCCUUGUCACGUCCAGCACACAGCCGAUCUAGCGUUGGGAAUGCUCCAGAGCAUUCACGACCUGAAACUGCCGGGAGUUGGAGUGAAAAUCGGAGUUCACACCGGUCCAAUAGUUGCUGGCAUUGUGGGCCUCAAGGUGCCCCGAUAUUGCCUGUUUGGAGACACGGUCAACACAUCGUCCCGUAUGGAAAGUAGCAGUGAUAUCAACAAGAUCCAAGUAUCAGGAUAUACAGCCAACAAGCUGAAAAAGUAUGGCUACAAGCUAACAUUCCGUGGAAAGGUAGCGGUAAAGGGUAAAGGUGACAUGGAAACUUUUUGGCUAGAAGGGGGACCAAGCGGAACUGCUACUACAGGUAGUAAAAAAGUGGAGAAAAAGAAAUAAAACGAUUGGUCAUCAAUACUUUGAAGACGGGCUCAGCCUCUUUCUAAGACAGCUUUUUUACUGUGCCUUCACUUCUGCAAUUACAAUUUAACGAAUCUGAAUCCUUUAGCUCACAAAGACUCGCACUUAUAGUGAAUCCAGU